AUGGAGCCAUGGCAGCGAAACAUUCGCAGGAUGCACCAAGUCAGCGAGGUGCUCGACCUUGACCCUCAAAAGUCCGACAUGAUCGCCGAUUUCGUUGCACUGAUCCAAGCAAUCCGCGAAGGGCUUACGCAAAUCGAUGAUGAUUCCUAUAUACCCGAUUCGCAGAUCAAUAUGCUUUUCUUGACAAAGCUCAAGGAAUGUCCUGAUUGGAGUGACUGGGCAUCUGCUAUGCUGCGAGAUGGUCGGAUGUGCUCCUCCAAUCCUACGGAGCAGGUGACCUUCCAGGAGCUGGCCCAAUUGGCCAUGGAGCAAGAGAAAAUCCGUCAGCAGCGGAGAAGGAGUGCAUGGGGUACUAGUGGUCAUGGUGCUGCCAAGAGAGGGUUUGUAUCGCCAUUGGAGGUUCCGGAAGAUCCUCGCGCUCUCACUCAGGACGAGAUCAACGCAUUCGUUGUAAAACAGAUGCAUAAGGAUGAGGCAUUCCGAAAUCGCAGUGGAAGUGUCCGAAGACAUGCUAAGCGGCCCAGUCAGGAGGAAAUCAAUGACUACGUGGUCGAACAGAUGCGUCGAGAACGGGAGCAAGCUACGAGGAAUCGAAGUCACAGUCAACCGAUGCAGGAAGGACCUGUUCAACGACCGGUGCAAAUGCGCUGUACCUUCUGUGGUGAUAGAAAUCACCAGCUUUCAAACUGUUGGCGGAGAUGGAGAGUUGCUGUGGAAGCUCCGAAUGGGAACUACUUGCCUAAACGUGUCGAGUACAGGACUGAAUUUCCGGGCCAACCACCCAUGUAUCGCACGGGUUUCACGCUUUUCUAA